UUGCUGCAGCCGUCGCCGCCGCUCCUCCUCUGCCAGUCUUGGGUUUCCCUGGCGCUACUGCCGCCACUGCCUCUGCGGUCUGUAUGAGGAGGAGGAGGAUGUGAAGAUGGCGGAGCUGCAGAUGCUGCUGGAGGAGGAAAUCCCGGGGGGCCGGCGGGCCCUCUUCGACAGUUACACGAAUCUGGAACGGGUGGCCGAUUACUGCGAGAACAACUACAUCCAGUCAGCAGAUAAGCAGCGAGCCCUAGAAGAAACCAAAGCCUACACCACCCAGUCCUUAGCAAGUGUUGCCUAUCUGAUAAAUACCUUGGCCAACAAUGUCCUUCAGAUGCUGGAUAUCCAGGCGUCCCAACUUCGAAGGAUGGAGUCUUCAAUCAAUCAUAUUUCACAAACCGUUGACAUUCAUAAAGAGAAAGUUGCAAGAAGAGAAAUUGGUAUUUUGACUACCAAUAAAAACACUUCAAGGACACAUAAGAUUAUUGCUCCAGCCAACCUUGAACGACCAGUUCGUUAUAUUAGAAAACCUAUUGACUAUACAAUUCUAGAUGAUAUUGGACAUGGAGUAAAGGUGAGUACCCAGAACAUGAAGAUGGGUGGGCUCCCGCGUACAACACCUCCAACUCAGAAACCCCCCAGUCCCCCUAUGUCAGGGAAAGGGACGCUUGGGCGGCACUCCCCCUAUCGCACACUGGAGCCAGUGCGCCCUCCAGUGGUACCAAAUGAUUACGUACCUAGCCCAGCCCGUACUAUGGCUCCCUCGCAGCAGAGCCCUGUGAGGACAGCUUCUGUGAAUCAAAGAAAUCGAACUUACAGCAGCAGCGGGAGUAGCGGAGGAAGCCACCCUAGUAGUCGGAGCAGCAGUCGAGAGAACAGUGGAAGUGGGAGUGUGGGAGUCCCCAUUGCUGUUCCUACGCCUUCUCCUCCCAGUGUCUUUCCAGCCCCUGCUGGCUCUGCUGGUACUCCUCCCCAUCCUGCUACUUCUGCAUCUGCCCCUGCCCCUCUUCCUGCUACUGUCCCUCCCUCCACUGCCCCAGACACUGCCGCUGGGGGUGCCCAGACCCUUGCUGAUGGCUUCACUUCUCCAACUCCCCCUGUUGUUUCUUCCACUCCCUCUACAGGUCAUCCUGUUCAGUUCUACAGCAUGAAUAGACCUGCCACUCGCCAUACUCCCCCAACAAUAGGGGGCUCUUUGCCCUAUAGGCGCCCUCCUUCCAUAACUUCACAAACAAGCCUUCAGAAUCAGAUGAACGGAGGACCUUUUUAUAGCCAGAACCCAGUUUCAGAUGCACCACCUCCACCACCACCUGUGGAAGAACCAGUCUUUGAUGAGUCCCCACCACCACCUCCUCCUCCAGAAGAUUACGAAGAGGAAGAGGCAGCCGUGGUUGAGUAUAGUGAUCCUUAUGCUGAAGAGGACCCACCGUGGGCUCCAAGGUCUUACUUGGAAAAGGUUGUGGCAAUUUAUGAUUAUACAAAAGACAAGGAAGACGAGCUGUCCUUUCAGGAAGGAGCCAUUAUUUAUGUCAUCAAGAAGAAUGACGAUGGUUGGUAUGAAGGAGUUAUGAAUGGAGUGACUGGGCUCUUUCCUGGGAAUUAUGUCGAGUCUAUCAUGCAUUAUUCUGAGUAAAGCUCAGCAAGGCUGUGUUUCCCUCACAGGAAUAGUCAGGUCUUCCCAGAUUAUCAAACGGCCCUGGGGAUUCCCCUCCAGUGAAAUGAAUGAAGGAUUCAAAUGACAAAAACUACUUAUUUUUUUUUUUUUGGUUUAUCCCUCAGUAUUAAAACAAAAAAGCAAGCUGAGUUUGAACAAAUGGCUCUUUCUGCCAUCACUUAUACUAUGCUGAGCUGUUUGGACUGAAAUAAAGUGACGGUUUCUGAAUAUAUCAGAGGUAUAACAGCAUAACUAUGUGAAACAAAUCAGGUUAAAACUGAUUCAGAAAAGAAAUCUGGGAUCUUUCUCAGGAAUACUGCACAUGCGUGGGAGUUCUCCCCCUGCGGAAUCUGUGGCAUUGGAUGAUCUGCAGUGCCUGUGGUUAGCCUCGUGGCCCAGGGUGUGCCCCAGCCCCACUUCCUUCCACCUGGAUGAGGAGGGGGAACCAAUAUUUAAAGACCAUACAUAACCAUUUUUGUAAUUGUUUCACAUGGCUUAUUUCAACACUGUAAAUCCUGCAUUCUCUCAGCACUUGAGUGCACCAGGUGAGUUAGUGUUGA